AUGUCGGUCGGUUUGCGAGGCAACAGCAGUUUAUCCUCAAAAGAGCGGGAUCCCGACCAUGUUGUCGUCUCCACAUUCCCAGUACUAGCCAUGUCGUCGCAAGUGGCCCCGCUGCCCGCGGCGGGCGACGCCCCACACGCCGAUGCCACCAGCGUCAAGGACGAGCAGAACCUCGCUGUGGCCGACACCGAGAGCCAGGCGACGCAGCAGGCGGUAGACCACACCCACCAUACCAGCUACAUCUUUGAGCGGCUGCGGCGGGAUAUGCCGGCGCCGAGCAAGAUGCGCCAGCAUGCCAUCUAUGGCGCACUCAUGCUCUCCAUGCUGUUGUGUGGCUGGAACGAGGGGUCCACCGGCCCGCUCAUCCCCCGCCUGCAAGAGUACUACCACAUCAACUACCUCGUCAUGUCGCUCGUCUACACGACCAUGUUUGUCGGCGCAAUGAUCGGCGGCCUGAGUAACAUCUGGAUCACGGACAGGAUUGGCUUUGGACUCAUCUGCCCCCUCGGCGCCCUCUCCCAGUCGAUCGCGUACCUGCUCAUGGGUACCGGCGGCCCGUACGGCCUCUUCCUCACCGCUUUCGUGUUCAACGGCUUCGGUCUCGCAGUGCAGGACGCGCAGGUCAACAACCUCACCACUCGGUUGCCGCACGCACACACCAAGAUGUCGUUUGUGCAGGCGUGUUUCGGCCUCGGCGGCAUGGUCUCACCGUUCAUCUCCACCCCGUUCGCCGCCCACGUCAAGGACGUGUACCGCUACUACUUUGUCGCCAUGGGCAUCGGACUGAUCGCCAUGGUGCUCAUGCUCCUCGCGUUCGACAGGCGCACCGAGGAGCAGCUCGUCGGCAAGCUCGACAUUGCCGCCAUCGAGGGCAGGAAGGAGGAGGUGGUCGAGCUGCCCGUCGUCGAGAAGAAGGAGGACGUGCCUGAGGAGUCAAACCACGACAGGGCGAUCCGCCUUGCGCAGACCGGCACCGUCGGCGAGGCGGGUCUGGCUGGCGAUGCUGUUGUUGCUGCUACUGGCACUGGUGACGCUGAGACCGCGCCCAAGGCCAAGGUUACCUCGGGCGAGAAGAUGAAGCGCAUGUUGACAACCCCGACCGUGUAUGCCCUCAUGGCAUGGUCCUUUGUUUACAUUGGCGUCGAGGUCUCCAUCUCUGGAUGGCUUACCACGUACCUCGUGCGCGAGCGUGGUGCAAACGCCAAUGCCGGCUUUGCUGUCACCGGCUUCUGGGGCGGCAUGACUGUCGGCCGUGUCGUCCUCAUCCCGUUCACCAACAAGGUCGGCUACCAGUUCUCCAUCUACUUCUACUCCCUUAUUGCCAUUGCCCUCGAGUUUAUCAUCUGGUACACCAAGUCGGUGGUCGGCAACUCGAUCUGCUUUGCGUUUGUCGGCUUCUUCAUGGGGCCAGUGUACCCCGUGGCGCUCAUCAAGCUGUCCGAGAUCCUUGACGACGACAUCCGCGGAGGCGUCAUGGGCAUGAUGGGCAGCAUGGGCGGUGCAGGUGCCGCCGCGGUGCCGUUCAUCACUGGUGCCGUGUCGGACCGCUUCGGCAUCUGGACGCUUCAGCCCAUCGGCGUGAGCAUGAUCGGCGCCUACAUCCUCCUUUGGAUGAUGGUCCCGCGCCACAAGAUCGGCAGCAAGAAGUAGACGAUACAGCAAGCAGCAGGUAGACGGUACAUACAGCGCAUCUAUAAUCGGAACAUGUACAAUAUCUCUAGGUG